AUGGAAACCGCUAAGCUAGGCGUUAUCAUCGUUGGUUCUGGACUUGCUGGCUUGGCAGCCGCACGGGUUCUCCGUGAACAGCAUCAUGUCACUGUGUUUGAACGAGGUGACCGCGCAGUGGCGACUGGAGGUCAAGGCAUAUGUAUCUUUCCAAACGGAGUCAAGGUCUUGGAAGCUCAUGGAUAUGACCGCACUAGAACUAAGGCUGUGGUGCAGACUGGUCACCGAGCAUACGAUAAGCACGGCGAUUUGAAGCACGACGACGAGACGGACUUUAUGGAACAAUACGGAGCAGACGCAUUGCAACACCUGCGGAGUGAUCUACGCAACGAACUAUACAGACUCGCAACGGCGCCUUCAAAAGACUUGAAUAUUCGAGGGGAGCCAGCAACGUUGAACUUCAAUUCUGCAGUCACGGAUAUGGACCCUGACCGGGGCAAGGUCACACUCAGUGAUGGAUCAUCAGCCGAAGCCGAUGUCAUUAUUGUUGCUGACGGUGUCCACUCACGCUUACGCUCCUGCAUCGUUGGCCCCGAAUACUUUGCGAAGAAAAUGGGGCUUUCGUGCUUUCGCAUCGCUGUAUCGGCUCAGGAUGCUGAAGCGGCUCUCGGAAAAAUACCUGAAUGGUGGGACCGUUCUACUGGCAAAGGGCGUGGGGUGGUCUUCGAAUCUGGAGAUGCCUCCAACCGCUUCAUCGUUGCCUACCCGCUUCGCAAUUUUGAAUACAUGAACCUUUCGUGUAUCUUCCCAACCAAUCCUGAACGACUCAAGAGCAGCACUGCUUCCACUUGGUAUGCUGAAGGCGAUCGCAGUGAGAUGCUGGAAGUCUUUUCCGACUUCUCGUCAACGCUUGUUGAACUCUUACGGUGA